GGCACUAUGAGGAGGUGUAUGAUAACCAGCUUAACUUGGCCUACUAUUUCAAUGACCCUGAGGACAAAUGGUUAAGUAAUUAUUUUUAUGAGCAAUGCUUUAACACUGCUAAACUAAUAACAACUGAUAUCAGGAAAAGGGAGGCACAAGCACAUGCAAAUAUGGGCCUCAUCAAAGAGGAACAAGGUCAUGUCUUAAAAGCUGCUGAGUAUUAUGAAACAUUUUACCAUCUAACAGAGGGUUCAACAUGGAAGGAUGUGACAGGCCAUACUUACAAUUCACUGGCAUCUGAGUAUCUCUGGAGAAUUUAUACAUUAUUAGCAGACAAAAUGCUUGAAAAUAAAGAACUCCAACAGGCCAUCAAAACACUAAAAAAAGCUUUAAAAAUGGCAAAAAAUGUAGGUGAUAUGAAGAUCCAAGGAGAAGCUACAUAUUGCCUAAGUUUAGCAUAUUAUUUUGCUGGAGAACAACGGAAAGCAUUAUCAACUUUGGACACCUCUGUAAAAAUCUUCACACCACUUUGUGAUUCUGCUGGCCUAAGCAGAGCAUAUGCAGCCAUAGCCAAGAUCCUGGUAAGUCAGGGAAAAGCAGCUGAAGCUAAGAAGUACUUGGAAGAGUUUAUGAAAGGUGCUGAGAAUGCUCAUCUAAGCCAAAGCCUGGUGGAUGGAUGCAUAUUACUUGGGAAUAUUUACAAUGAAGGGGGGAACUAUAAUGAAGCUUUUGAAUAUUUCAGUCAGGCUUAUGAAACAGCAAAAACUUUAAAUAAUUUGCCCUUAGUGGAUGAAACAAAGGCUUACUAUGGCAUUGCAAAAGCUCAUAAACUGAUGGUGCCAUUUAAUAGCCAUAUAGAAGCAGAAGAUCUCAUAAACCUCAAGUAUCUGCUGGCAUGGAAGGAGAACAGAAGUGACAUGUGCACUGACCCUUUUACAGUUG